GCGGCCGGUCAUGGAGGAGCGCGUCGCUCUGUGGCCGUUGCGCGGCAAACGCGCCGCCUACUACAGCGCGGCGGGGCCGGGGCCGGGGUCCGAGCGGCCCAGCAGGUACCAUCUGGAUGAUGAAUCUGCAGACUUGGAUGAGAUGCCCUUGAUGAUGUCUGAGGAAGGCUUUGAGAAUGAUGACAAUGACUACCACACACUGUCCCGGGCCAGGACCAGGCACCGGAAAAGAGGUCUGCAGUGGUUGCUGUGUGGAGGCUGGAAGUUCCUCUGUGCCAGUUGCUGUGACUGGCUAGUGAGCCUCUGUCAGCGGAAGGAGCAAUUGAGAGCUCGCACAGUGUGGCUCGGACAUCCCGAGAAAUGUGAUGAGAAGCACCCCAGAAACCUUAUUAAAAACCAGAAAUACAACGUGUUGACCUUCAUACCUGGGGUUUUAUAUGAACAAUUCAAGUUUUUUUUGAAUCUCUAUUUCCUGCUAGUAUCCUGCUCACAGUUUGUCCCAGCGUUGAAAAUAGGCUACCUCUACACCUACUGGGCUCCUCUGGGAUUUGUUUUAGCUGUUACUAUAACAAGGGAAGCCAUAGAUGAAUUCCGGCGUUUUCAGCGUGAUAAAGAGGUGAAUUCACAUCUGUACAGCAAACUCACAGUAAGAGGUAAAGUGCAAGUUCAGAGUUCAGACAUACAAGUUGGAGACCUCAUCAUAGUGGAAAAGAAUCAAAGAAUUCCAUCAGAUAUGGUCUUCCUUCGGACGUCAGAGAAAGCAGGCUCCUGCUUUAUUCGUACAGACCAGCUGGAUGGAGAGACGGACUGGAAGCUGAAGGUGGCUGUAAGCUGCACACAAAGACUGCCAGCACUGGGGGAUCUCUUCUCUAUCAGUGCUUAUGUCUAUGCUCAGAAGCCACAGCUGGAUAUCCAUAAUUUUGAAGGCACAUUCUCCAGGGUAGACACGAACCCGCCCAUCCAUGAGAGCCUAGGUGUGGAGAACACCUUGUGGGCGAGCACCGUGGUGGCCUCAGGUACUGUAAUAGGUGUUGUCAUUUAUACUGGAAAAGAAACUCGAAGUGUCAUGAACACAUCCAAUCCCAAAAACAAGGUGGGCUUGCUGGACCUUGAGCUCAACCAGCUGACCAAAGCACUCUUCCUGGCUCUCGUGGCCCUGUCAUUCGUCAUGGUGGCCCUGCAAGGCUUCGUGGGACCCUGGUACCGCAAUCUGUUCCGCUUCCUCCUGCUCUUCUCCUACAUAAUCCCCAUUAGCUUGCGUGUGAACUUGGACAUGGGCAAAGCUGUCUACGGCUGGAUGAUCAUGAGAGACGAGAACAUCCCCGGAACAGUCGUGCGCACCAGCACCAUCCCUGAAGAGCUGGGCCGCUUGGUCUACCUACUGACCGACAAGACAGGUACCCUCACCCAGAAUGAAAUGGUCUUUAAACGGCUGCAUCUGGGCACUGUGUCAUACGGGCCAGACACCAUGGAUGAGAUCCAGAGCCACGUAGCACACGCGUACUCGCAGGUGCAGCCCCAGACUGCCACGAAUGACACUGACUCCCUGGCCCCCAGACGGGCCCCACCCUCUGCCCCCAAGAUGAGGAAGAGUGUGAGCAGCCGCGUGCACGAGGCGGUCAAGGCCAUCGCGCUGUGUCACAAUGUCACUCCCGUGUACGAGGCUCGGGUCAGGGUGGCUGGGGAGACGGAGAGCCCCGAGGCUGACCAGGACCUGAGCAUUGAGAACUGCAUCUACCAGGCCUCCAGCCCUGAUGAGGUCGCCCUGGUGCAGUGGACACGGAGCGUAGGCCUGACGCUGGUCAGCAGGGACCUGAGCUCCAUGCAGCUGCGGACGCCCAGCGGCCAGGUGCUGACCUUCUGUGUGCUGCAGGUGUUCCCCUUCACAUCUGAGAGCAAGCGGAUGGGCAUCAUCGUCAGGGAUGAGGCCACCGCGGAAAUCACCUUCUAUGUGAAGGGGGCAGAUGUUGUCAUGGCCACCAUCGUGCAGUACAAUGACUGGCUGGAGGAAGAGUGUGGAAACAUGGCGCGGGAAGGUCUCCGCACCCUGGUGGUGGCCCGGCGACCGCUGACAGAGGAGCAGUACCAGGACUUUGAGAGCCGCUACUCCCAGGCCAAGCUCAGCCUCCACGACAGGACCCUGAGGGUAGCGGCCGCGGUGGAGAGUCUGGAGCGGGACAUGGAGCUGCUGUGCCUCACGGGGGUGGAAGACCAGCUGCAGGCAGAUGUGCGGCCCACCCUGGAGAUGCUGCGGAAUGCUGGAAUCAAGAUUUGGAUGCUGACAGGAGACAAACUCGAGACGGCCACCUGCAUCGCCAAAAGCUCACACCUAGUGUCACGGUCACAGGACAUCCACAUCUUCCGGCCAGUCAGCAGCCGAGGAGAGGCCCACCUGGAGCUGAAUGCCUUCCGGCGCAGGCAGGACUGCGCCCUUGUCAUCUCUGGGGAUGCCUUGGAGGUCUGCCUCAAGUACUAUGAACACGAGUUUGUAGAGCUGGCCUGCCAGUGCCCGGCCGUCGUGUGCUGCCGCUGCUCACCCACCCAGAAGGCCCACAUCGCCAAGCUGCUGCAGCAGCACACAGGCAAACGCACGUGCGCCAUUGGUGAUGGUGGCAAUGACGUGAGCAUGAUCCAGACGGCCGACUGCGGCAUCGGCAUCGAGGGCAAGGAGGGCAAGCAGGCAUCGCUGGCGGCCGACUUCUCCAUCACACAGUUCAAGUACAUCGGCCGGCUACUCAUGGUGCACGGACGCAACAGCUACAAGCGCUCGGCGGCACUGGGUCAGUUCGUCAUGCACCGAGGCCUCAUCAUCUCCACCAUGCAGGCCGUGUUUUCUUCCAUCUUCUACUUUGCCUCCAUCCCUCUCUACCAGGGCUUCCUCAUGGUGGGGUACGCCACUAUCUACACCAUGUUCCCCGUCUUCUCUCUGGUCCUGGAUCAGGACGUCAAGCCCGAGGUAGCCAUCCUGUACCCUGAGCUCUACAAGGACCUCACCAAGGGCCGGUCUUUGUCCUUCAAGACCUUCCUCCUGUGGGUUCUGAUCAGCAUCUACCAAGGCAGCGCCCUGCUCCUGGGCGCUCUGCUGCUGUUCGAGUGGGAGUUCGUGCAUGUGGUGGCCAUCUCGUUCACCGCCCUCAUCCUCACCGAGCUGAUCAUGGUGGCACUCACACUGCACACCUGGCACUGGCUCAUGGGCUUGGCCCAGCUCCUCAGCCUGGCCUGCUAUGUGGCCUCCCUCGCCUUCCUCAAUGAGUACUUCGACAUUGCCUUCAUCACCACAGCCACGUUCCUGUGGAAAGUAUCUGCCAUCACCGUGGUCAGCUGCCUCCCGCUCUACAUCCUCAAGCACCUCAAGCGGAAGCUGUCCCCACCCAGCUACUCCAAGCUCUCCACCUAGGCCCAGCCACCCUGGCAUCUUCUGGGGAGCUCUGUGCGCCCAAAGGCCCUGUCAGACUGCACACGUCACUGCAGCCACUUCCUGCGCCUCUCUGCUGUGGCCUAGGUCACUCCUGAGCUGCUUAAAUAAACCAGUAACUGUGCUCCAUCGGGACUGUCCCCACCACACGGAGGUCAAGUCCCAGCACCAA